AUGUUUAUUAUAUUGUUAUACGCUUUCUUUUUGGUUGCGAUUACAUCCGUGGCCAUGGGAAUACCCCUAGAGAUAUCACCGGAUCUAAUUAUAAAUUCCGGUAUUUCCUUAGUCAAACGCGACUCAUAUCCUAAUUGUACCAAACCGAGCUAUCCUAUCUAUCAAAAUUCCUAUUGCACGACAUCUAACGUUGUGAAGGUAACAUGCGCAUCUGCAGGAAAUCCAAAUCUUACCUUUGUACUUCGACAGGAUUGCCAACCGUACGAAAACUGUAUUGACCAUGUGGACCAACAAAAUGUCUCACGUGCAACGUGCACUGAUUCUAACAACAUCAGAAAAUGGGAUAAUAAGGAUUCCGAUUCACGUAUCUGUUCAGAAAAUGAGGCAUACGACACCGAUGUUGGAAAAGAUUUAAUACUUGGUGUAACAACAUAUGCAACGACUAAUAAUCCAAUGCGAGUGUAUAUUUUAGAAGCAUUUAUGUCUGGUAAUUCACUUGGUCAACUCUUUAAUCGACACAAUUAUACUAAAAUAAUCAAGAAUUAUGAUGGCAAUUCAAAAAUCAAAUACUGUUUUACGGCGGGCACCACACAGAAAAUAAUAGCUCUUGCUGCUGCCUUUG